AUGAGACCACUAUCUCUGAAGGGUCACGAUCGUGCACUAACCCGCGUACGCUUCAAUCGAGAAGGAGAUUUGCUGAUUUCCGCAGCGAAGAACAAGCAGCCAUGUUUAUGGUAUACCGAAAAUGGCGAACGAAUAGGGACGUAUGAUGGUCACAAUGGUGUAGUCUGGGAUGUAGAUGUGUCAUGGGACACAACAAGACUAGGAACCGCUUCAGGAGAUAAUUCUAUAAAGGUACCCUACAAGUGUAACAUCUUUAGUGAAAACCAUGAUUCCUUAUUCCAGUUCUGGGACUGCGAAACUGGCGUUGUAUUGCACACAAUUAACACUCCCACUCCAGCAAAAUCAGUAAACAUUUCAUUCUCAGGUCAUCUCCUCGCUUAUACCACACAAAAGAUGACGAAAAACCCAUCUGUGCUCUGCGUUGUGGACACUAGGGAUGAUCAACAGAUGACGGCUGAUGAUCCGCUGUUUCGGACUCACUUCGAAUUUGACAAUUCCGCAACUACUUGCGUUUUUAGUGGUGCUACGGAUAUUCGCACUCGAGGGUAUCGUCGUGCUAGUAUUCUACAGGUUACUGUCGGGUUCGAAAAUGGUCAUAUUCAGCAGUAUGACUUGAAGGGUAACGAAGAGCCCGUUAAUACCAACGAUAAAGUCCAUAGGGGAUAUGCAGUGGCAGUUGUGCUCCUACCGGGGAAACCACUUUUUUCAGCAAGCAAUUAUUACUGUUCAUUCAGCUCUGAACGACCUGUGAAUUCUGCAUGCAUCUCACCUAUACGUGACCAUAUUUGCCUUGGAGGAGGAGAAGAUGCUAUGCAGGUAACGCAAACGGCAGUUUCUGCUGGGCAUUUCGAAGCCAAGCUCUACCAUAUGGUUUUUGAAGAGGAGUUUGCACGAUUCAAGGGUCACUUUGGUCCCAUCAAUACCAUGGCUUGGCAUCCUUCUGGCAACAUCAUUGCAACUGGAGGAGAAGAUGGCUACGUUCGCGUGCAAGAAUUCGAUGAUGAUUACCUUGAGUUCAAAUAUGAUUACUGA